CUGUCCGUCGGUACGUCGUCGUCCACCUCCUCGUUGUUCCAUCGUCUCCUUCCUCCUCGUCGUUGUUUCUUGCACCCUUGUCGAGACGGCUCGAUUAAAGCCCUCCGUCACGGCGCACUUGCCUCGGCGAUAUCGAAACAAAGUUUUCCUCUUUUCAUUGAAACUUGACCUUGCCAAUUCCGUCGACGUAUCCCGAUCGAGGUGACAACAUCUCCCGUUAUCGCUUCGCUUUCCCCUCGCCGUACACCAUCCACCGAAAUUCACCGAGGGAGAAAUAUUGCAGAGAUGAUGUACAAACUCGACGGGCGCUUGGACAAAUUGCACUUGACGGGAGACCCCAACGACCGCGGCCGUUGCAUUCUUCCAUCCUUCUCUCCGAUCGACUCUUUCACUCGCGUUCAUUGAGACCCCAUUGUCCUACGACUUUGACCCCAAAAAUAAUAUUCUCCCUCGAUUUUUCGCCGACGAUACGCUGCGAGGAUUACGCGUUACCAGUGCCAGUGACACGGACAUUCGUCAUUUUUACGAUUUUCGUGCGGUGCAUCGAUAAAAACGAAACGAGUUUUCAUUCCCGGCGUCUUAUGCGAGUAUCCUUCCGGUGUCUGCUCGGCGCUUCUCAGUGACAAACGUGAACGCGAGCGACGAGAAAAACUCACUGGAAAUCGCUUUUGUUGAAUCUCCUUCUUCGUUUUAAUAUUUUUUCGCUUCCGGCAGAACUGCCCUCGAAGUUAUUGCUGCGAGUUGAGUGCGCGGUCGUGAGCGUUGAGAAGAAAAGUGUCCUCGAAACGAAUACGUAGGAGCACGCACCGAGGAUGAAUACUUUUGCGGGGAGUGUCCGAGGCGCUGAGAAAAAAAGUGACGAGGUCCGCGAUGCUUUCGCCCACGCCAAAGUAGCUUGAACGCUUCCAGGAGAAACGAGCGUUCGGUAAAGCAACUCUUUGGACGAAUUUUUCGUUUUGAAUGCAUCGGCUCGAUCGCCACUUAUUUUUCGAAACAAAAUGAUGCAACAGCACGAUCCGAGACACGAUUUACCGACGGACUGCUGCUACCAGCAAUGGCCGUCGCACCACCAUCACCAACAACACCUUCAUGGCAACCAUCCACACGAUCAUCAGCAACAACCGCACCAAGUGCCUGCUCUACCUUCGCCGAUGCAACAAAUGGAAGCAUGUCUACAGAGCGCUGGGCGAGCAAAGCGUUCGCGAAGUCCGAGUCUGGUGCCGGACACGUCUCUCUCGCCGCGAGUGUCUUCAGCGAUUUCGUCGUCGUCCUCCUCGAUCGACACGCGAAACGAUAGCAACAAUAAUCAUCGUCGUCCCGAGGAUGGCACGAGCUCGUCGUCCCCCGAGGAAAACAAUCCGAAACGACCGCUCCACCCCGCUCUCGUUGGUGCUGGCGCUGCACUCGAGGCGAAACCUCUUUGGGAAGAAUUUCAUCAGCUCGGGACAGAAAUGAUCGUCACGAAAGCGGGUCGCAGGAUGUUCCCUACGUUUCAGUGUCGACUAUUCGGAUUGGAUCCAAACACAGACUAUCUUUUGGUCAUGGAUUUCGUGCCAUGUGACGACAAGCGAUACAGAUACGCUUUCCACAGCAGCGCAUGGGUGGUCGCAGGACGAGCAGACCCGGUGUCACCGCCUCGAAUACACGUGCACCCUGACAGUCCAGCGAGCGGUGCUCACUGGAUGAAACAGCCGGUCUCGUUCGACAAACUCAAACUGACCAAUAAUCAGCUCGAUGACAAUGGGCACAUCAUACUAAAUUCGAUGCACAGGUAUCAGCCGCGCUGUCACGUAGUGGUGGCGCCAUCGCCUCCAGGUUCUGCUCCCGAUCCACGUACGGAAAAUUUCAAAACGUUUUUUUUCACCGAGACGAGAUUCACUGCGGUCACAGCUUACCAGAAUCAUCGCAUAACGCAACUGAAGAUCGCGAGCAAUCCAUUCGCGAAAGGUUUUCGCGACUGCGAGCCCGACGAUUGCGAAACUCCGAGUUCAUCCGUCACCCACAAUCCGGCCAAGAGGCCUGCGACCGGAAGCAACAAUCCGGUCGUCAGCAUCAACAAUUAUGUCAAUCCCAUCGGCGUCUCAAGCGCCACAGGAAUAUCCAGCAUCUCUUCAAGUUUGCCAAACCCUCCGCAGGAACAACAUCAUCAUCAUCGUUUUUACGACGGAAAUUCAGGCCCCUGGUCUUACCCCGGACACCAUCAGACUAGUCAUCCUAAUCCUGGACAUUAUCAAGUUCAUCACGCACAUCCAGGAGCUCCCCUCUACGGACCACGGUAGUUUCCACAUAAUUCUGCGACAAAAAGGAAACGAAAUUCAAAUUGAUACACAUUUUCAUCGCCGCAUCAACUUAUUUUACUGUUUUACCUCGAUUUAUGAGGGUUUGAAUGAUUCUAUUUUAUUCUCAAUCAUUCGCAUGUACGAAUGAUCGUAAACCACAUCAUCGAAUGUUGUUGUGACGGGGCAUCAAUAUUAUUGCAAAUGAGGCUUAUCGAGCAUAAAUUAAUCGGUGGGAACUCGAAUAUUCGUUAAACGUGUCGUAGUUCUUUGCAAAUGACGCUGAGGUUUCCAACGUUCGAGUCCAACGAAGUGAUGUGAAAAAACUCUCAAAUAAUUCCAGUAAAUCUCCAAUUUU